AUGGGGAAGGAUGGGUACCCACAUGGAAUGGGGGGAGGGUCGUCGUCACCUGGUAAUAAUGGGAAAGGACGACUCGUCGUAUGGAAAGGAAGGUCACGAUGCAUGCCAGUACCACUUAAGGAGUACCUUUGCAAGACAACCGUCUCCAAGAUAGAAGGUGAGAAUGGAAUUGUUUGGGAGUGGGAGGAGGUGGGGGGGCGAGGGGAAAAGGGGGUAGGAGUGAAGAAACCAGGUCUCAAAUACGACGGUGAUAAAUGCUUAGAAUAUGACAAUGGGUCCUUGUCGUCUUCUACAAUCCCCUCCCCAUUCUCCUCGCCCCUCCCCCUUCAGCUUCUCACCCCUCCCCCUCCACCUUCUCCUCACCCCCUUCCCUCCUCCACCUUCUUUUCAUCCCCUCCGCCUCCACCUUCUCCUCACCCCCUCCCCCAUCGCCAUCCCCUUCCACCUUCUUCUUCACCUUCUUCUCACUCCCUCCCCCUCCACCUUCUUCUCACCCCUUCCCUCCUCCACUUCUCUUACCCUUCCCUCCUUCACCUUCUUUCAUCCCCUCCGCCUCCACCUCCUCACCUCCUCCCCAUCGCCAUCCCCUUCCGCCUACCCCUUCCCCCUUCCUUCCUUAUCUCACCCCCUCCCCCUCCCCCUCCCCCUCCUCCUCCUCCACCUCCACCUCCACCUUCUCCUCAAACUCCUCCUCCAACAUAA